AUGGGAUCUGUCCAAACUAAAUUAUACAUAGAUUUUAACAAAGGUGUUUCAGAUUCAUCAAUAGUAAACCAUUAUUCACUUAAUAUUACUAGAAAAGACUACAAUACACCUGGUAAAUUUGACUAUUUGGAUUAUAAAAUCUCAUUCCAAAAAGGAUAUUCAUAUUCUGAUGCGAGUUAUUUUUAUGUAUAUAUAAGAGAGGAAACUGGAGGAAGUACAGUUUUCGAAUAUUAUGUUUCUUCUAAAGAACACGUCCUCACAAAUGUUAAGGUAUAUUUUUCAAAACAACAUGAAAAGAUACCGUUGGUAGUAGGUUUUACAAAAACUGACGGAACACAAUAUUACACAUAUAAGUUUUUAAAGUCAGAGAAAUACUCUUAUGGGUUUCCUUUAACAAACUAUUUCAAAGAUAACGAACUGGAGGCAAAAUUAAAAGAGGAACUUAACAAUCUUAACAAGAAAAUAACAUUUAAAGUAGGAAGUGGUACUAAAAGUAAUGUGUUAGAGAAAACAUCUAAUUUACCAAAAAAUAAAAUUAAAGUGGUUGAAUUUACGCCUAAUAUAGGAAAAGAAGGUUCUUUUUUAUUUCACAGCAGUGAAUUGUUUAAAGUACAUUCGAAUUACAGUAGAAUUGAGGAUUCAAUCUUGCAAGAAGUUAAUUACAAACCAUUCGAUUGCAUCAAAGUUUAUUACUUUAUUUCAGAUCAUAUACCAGUUUUAAUUGAAUUUGUUGAUGGCAAAACUAAAACCUAUUUUAAAAGGCAAGACACUGGCGGAUUUCACUGGGCGAAAGAUGACACCAAUUACAAUAAUGACCCUAGUGUGUUUUACAACCAAUUGACAAGAAUAAAACCAGAACUUGAAAAAUGGUUAACAUAUCAACUUAAUACAAAUCAUAACUAUAGUAAUGGGAAUAUAUUAGUAUCACCUCAAACUUCCAAUGUACAAAAUAAAUACACAGUUUACACUCAUACCCCUAAGAAUGUUAAUUCUAAUACAACAGAUGUGUUGUACUUAAACAAAAAGGUUGAAGUAAUACAAAAUAAAGAUAUUCAAAAAGCUGAAGAUCGACUGGAAAGAUUGAAUGGUAAAUUUAUCAAAAAAAUUGAUACGUACGCCUUGGAUGUAAACAGCAACGAUCAUCUUUUAAUGAAACUUAUUACUAGAGAAGGUAAUGUUUAUUAUUUAUCUAGGUUUGACAGAAGUGGAGUUAAGUGGAGACAGUUAAGCCUGAAAGACUUGACAGAUAUUAAUAUAAAAAUUGAAGGACAAAUAAAUGGAGCAGAUUAUACAAGAGGUGAAGGGCUGGGUAAGACUCUUCAAAGGCAAUUAGGUAACGAAGAUAACGUUCAGAGAUUGUUAAAGGAUAUUAGUGCUAACAUCAACUCUAUAAUUGUACUAAUGGAACGAAAAUCAGAAUAUGGAGGAGAUGAUAUAAGAUACGUGUUGAAGGGGGACAAUAUGAUAUCGCCAGCAGACUCUAGUUCUAACACAGUAGAGGUUAUAGAAUCUAAAAGAGAUAAUAAAUUUUUUUGCGAGAAGUUAAAAGAUUAUAAUAUUUAUAAACAUGUUGUGACAUUUCCAGGCGAUUUUGCUUUACGAAGUAUCAGACCGACUGUUUAUAUACGUCUGUAUUCAGGGGAAACAAAAAUUAAAUUGUUUGAUGAACAGGGUGUAAAUGGACCACUUAAGUAUUUAGAAUAUAAAAAUGGCUCAGAAUUGUACGUAUAUUUUGAUAAAAAGGGGCACAAUCCAAUCAUGUUCUUUUACAAUGGUGAAACAUAUAGAACAAAGGACAAAAAUCGUAUUGAAUGGUUAAGAAUAAAGGAUAUUACACACUGUAAUAAAUCUAAUACACAUAAUAUAAUAAAGAAACUAGAGGAAAUAGAAAUGGAAUUAGAAAAUCCUAAAUUGCAAAUUGAACUACCAUCCAGAAGCGAUUCAGCUGGAGGACAGGGAAACAGAUUAACUAGUACAAAUCAACGACCUGGUGCAUCCGGUAAGACAUAUAAUGGGGACCAUCUAGGUAUAAAUGGAAAACCAGGAACACCUCGUGUCGGCUCAGACCUCGGAGUGUCAGGCCGUACGAGAAGCGAAGAGCGACGACCAACAUUACAGGUGGUAGAAACUAAUAACUUGAACAAUCAAGAAAGAGACCAUAAAACGCAAGUACGUAAUAAUCAUCAACAAACUGAUUCAGAUAGUCCAAAAACUAGCGCCUAUGAUGGUGGUCUAUCUGCGGAGGCAAUUGGUGGAGGCGUAGGUGGCGGCAUCGCGGUCGGAGGAAGUGGAAUUGGCGGCUACCUUUUACUUUUAUGUGCUCAAUAA